AAGUUAGCCAUCAGACUGGAGUCGCUCAGCCUUGCCAGUGGAUGGACUUUAUUCACUGGCGAGCAAGGUGGCAUCAUGAAAAGUUCCACGCCGGGUGACCCACCUGAAGAGUGCAGGAGGAUGGAGCAGCAGGGGGUCGAUCAAGUUGCAGACGCCGAAAUCCUCCGAGGCAGCCCGGAAGAAGGAGGUGAAAGAGGGGAGAGUCCCAUCCCGCCAUGCAAAAUCAGCCUUCUGGAGGUCAAUGGCAGCCCGGACAGUCCACAAACCCGACUUAAUACCGACGCACCACUGAGGCCGCUGGGAGGUGUGACCAUUCCUGUGUACUGCGUGGUGGAGCACGCGGAUGUGGGCGUGGCCAACGAGGGGCGCGGUCACCGCCAUGCGGAAUUUGUGCUCGUCCGGAAAGACGUCCUGUUCACACGACUGGUGGAGACGGCGCUGCUAUCCUUGGGAUACUCGCACGGCUCGGUUGCACAAGCUCGAGGUAUCAUCAAGGUGGGCCAUUGGAAGCCGAUGCCCAUCCACUACCUGACAGACGCUCCAGAGGCCACAGUAGCUGACAUGCUGCUGGACGUUUACCACAUGGUCACACUGCGGAUCCUGCUGCACAGCUUCGCCCGGCUGGAGGAGCUGCCCUCCGAGCAGUGGACGCACGCCACCGUGAGGAAGGCCCUCAGAGAGCUGCUCGGCGAGAAUGAUCAAAGUGCUCUGACUAAGGAGUGCCCGCUUUCCCAGGGUAUGAUCUCUGCCAUCCUCAACAGUUCCUACUAUGCCAACAUCUCCAUCUCCAGAUGCCAGGAAUUCGGACGCUGGUACAAACGAUACAAACGCAUCCAAGGUGAAUAUGCCGACAAAAUGUGGCAGCCCCAGGACAAAUAUGACGUAAAAGUUGAGAGGGACUGGGAGCCACGUGUCCUCAGCACGCGUCUUCCCUCGUUUUUACCCUACCUGGGCGGCGCCCGAAGCAUCAAAGCUCACCUCAUGGACCCGCGGGCGUCCAGCCUGCCACAUCAGUCCCCCAGCCCUCCCCUGCGCCCCCAAGCUCUACCUCACCUGGGGCACGCUGGCCUCCUGCCCCCGCAGCUCAUGCGCCAUCAGCUGGCCAUGGCGCACCUCAUCAACCAGCAACUGGCCGUCAACCGCUUGCUCUCCCAGCGUCCUCCACAGGCGGUCCCCCAGCAAUAUGUCUCACAAACGUGCAAGGGCCCUGCAGAGCCUUCCGCCACCUGUUCAGGCGCUGAAGUCUCCCCGGACAUCUACCAGCGAGUUAGGAAUGAACUGAAGCGAGCCAGCAUCUCUCAGGCGGUCUUCGCCAGGGUGGCCUUUAAUCGCACGCAGGGCUUGCUGUCAGAGAUCCUCCGCAAGGAGGAAGAUCCCCGCUCGGCUUCACAGUCGCUGCUCGUCAACCUGAAGGCCAUGCACGGCUUCCUGAGUCUACCCGAAGGCGAGCGAGACCGCAUCUACCUGGAAGAGCGAGAGAGGAACACGCACGCCAACCAAAGCCCCGUCUCCAACGGCAACACAGACAGACACAUGCCGGUGCAGACCAAGUCCAGCACGGAGACUCCACAAAAGCUGGACUCCUUGGUAAGCAUCACCUCAGUCAUCUAUGAGGAGAUCCAGCAAGAGAUGAAGAGGGCAAAGGUCUCCCAGGCUUUGUUCGCCAAGGUGGCUGCAAACAAAAGCCAGGGUUGGCUGUGUGAGCUUCUCAGAUGGAAAGAAAGCCCGAGCCCAGAGAACCGCACACUGUGGGAGAACCUGUGCAAUAUUCGCCGGUUUCUUUCCGUCCCGCAAGCCGACCGCGACCAGGUUUACGAGGAGGAGGCCAGGCAGCAGCACGGCGACAAACUCCACGCUGUCCUGCACAUCUCGGAGCAGCAGGUACCGAUCCAUUUUACGCCAUUCUUAGCACCCUCUCUGCCACCUCUGAGACCUCUAUCCCCUCUACGUGUGGACCCACCGCCAAUCACCUUUCCCGUCCUGAGCGGCUCAGAAAGCGGGCCUCGGUUCGAGGCGAGCCCUGACAUCGGAGGACUGAAAAAGGCCCGGUCAAGAACCCGAAUUUCCCUGGAGGCGCUAAGGAUCCUGCAGAGCUUCAUCGGCGACGUGGGCCUCUACCCUGACCAGGAGGCCAUCCACACCCUCUCGGCCCAGCUGGACCUGCCCAAGCACACCAUUGUCAAGUUCUUCCAGAACCAGCGCUACAACUUCAAGCACCACAAUCCCAGGGACGACCGAGAGCCUCCCUCUGAGGUGGCUCCAGGGGAGAAGGUGCUAGAUGUGUACGAGGAGUCGAGUGCGGACGGGAGAGCUUCAGCAGAGACGUUUAGAAGCGAAAGAAUGACGGAUGGAGAAGAAGGAGAUUGUAGGAAAGCAUCAAGACCAGCGACGUCAUCUUUGUCCCCGCCCAGCAGCCUGGACAGCCCCAACUCCGCAGAGCAGCAGAGAUAACGAGGACAAAAAUGUGACAGUUCAGUUUACACUUUAUAUUGUCAUUAUUACUUUGAUAUUCCCACUCUUAAAGGGGAACUACACUUUUUUUUUAUUCAGCCCAUCAUUCACAAUCCUUAUGUAAGACAAGAACACACGUCUUUCCCUUUUUUGUGCGAUCUAAAUGGUGAAAAACUGCUAGUAAGAGGCGGCUAACGGGAUUUAACUAUUCAACCUACAAAGCGCUCUAAAAAAGAUUUU